CACGUACCGGUGCUCGUUGCGAACCACAAAAUAUUUAUAUAAAUAAAAUUCAUUGAAAAUGACACAAAUCAAACAAUAAAGUUAUAAAUGAAUGAAACUAGUUUGCUCCCGCUUGAUAGAUCUUGCUCUCUCUGAGUCCUCCGAGCUCAGAGGUUAAGCGAAGAACACCAGCAGAUCUAGAUCCACUUCAAUCCUUUCGAUUUUCCCGCGUUUGGUUCCUUUUAAACUAUAAGACGAUGUCAAGAAGGCCUACAGCUGGUCGCCGCCUUGCAGACAGUGGGAGCAUUCCUUUUGUGAGUGCAUUGCACUCGAAAUCUCAUCCAUCUCCUCUUUUGUCAAUUGGCCUCUUUGUUGUGGGAGCCCUGCUGAUUGUUGGUUAUUUGUAUCAUGGCUCAGGUGGCAGGAGUGGCGACAUUGGCGCUUUAAAUAGACUCGAUGGUGGUGUUUCAUGUUCUCAAGAAGUUCAGAGAGUAAUACCUCUUCUAAAGAAAGCAUAUGGCGACAGCAUGAAUAAAGUGUUGCAUGUGGGCCCUGAAACCUGCUCGGCAGUCUCACAGCUAUUAAAAGAAGAGGAUACAGAAGCUUGGGGUGUGGAGCCGUAUGAGCUGGACGAACCUGAUAGCAACUGCAAGAGCCUUGUGCGCAAAGGCAUUGUGCGUGUGGCUGAUAUCAAGUUUCCUCUUCCUUACAGGCCUAGGUCUUUCUCACUCGUCAUAGUCUCGGAUGCAUUGGAUUACUUGUCGCCCAAGUAUCUCAACAAGACUGUUCCGGAGCUUGCCAGGGUGUCUGCUGAUGGCUUGGUUAUAUUAUCCGGUUACCCAGGUAAGCAGAGGGCGAAGGUGUCUGAGCUAUCCAAGUUUGGGCGCCCAGCUAAAUUCCGAAGCUCGUCUUGGUGGAUAAGAUUUUUCAUCCAGACCAGCUUAGAAGAAAAUGAAUCUGUUAUUAAGAAGUUUGAGCAGGCGGCAAAAAAGAAGUCCUACAAGUCGGACUGCCAAGUUUUCCACCUCAAACCAUUGCAUUGAUCGAUUGUUGGAUAAAUGGUCAUCUUUAGCUACGGUGUUUAACCUGUCAUCGUGGAAAUUGUAAUAAUUUUUUCGUUAUACAAGUUUGGGACACCUAAAUUAUUGAUCGCAGCAUUUUUUAUUUUUUUUCGGUCUUAAUUAGCAUCGAGCAAAAUGUAUCAUUGUUCUAUAUUGAUUUACUUUUGUGUAACAAGAAACAUUCUGCAAAAUUA